GAAACCUGCAGGUUAAGAAAACACGAUACGCCUCCUAUAAAGUUGUCAAUUCAUCCGUAGUACUUUAGAAAAUCUCUCAAAUUAAAGUGAGGUAUAGCAUCAUAUUCAGAGGUUUGAUGAAUUUAAAAUUGGUUUUCCGAUCGCGAAAAGAGAAUGACGAUAGGAUGAGAAUCUGUGCAUAGCCUAAGAUAGGCGCACUUAUCAGACGCACGACAGAUAACAGCUGACAGAACCACUGUCAUCUCGUUCCUCCAAACUCCGCAAGAGAUCAAGAAUGAAUGUUUUCAUCAACAGGGAAUAGAUUACUUUUUCAAAAUAUUCCGAAACGCUGAAGUGCGUCUCUGGCCCCGUCCCAUCUCAGCCCGGAUAACUCAGGCUACUUAAUGUAAAGUGGGUACUGUCAUUGGCAGAAGAUGGCAGAAAGAGUGCCUUGGUGGCGGGCGUUCAUGGGGAGCUCCAAGAGGAAGAGUGUUAGUAAGGACAACACCACAACCACACAGACCCUCGACACAGAGUCAACUGCUGCAUCCCAACUCCCAACAGACCAACCACAGCAAAAACAACCUCCAUUACAGCAGACAGCAAAGCCCCAGCCGCCAGUUAGUGAAGGCUCCAGUCUCUUCACUGAGGAGUUUGGUGACGACUCCCAGUUCGAGUCGGUCUUCAACGAACAGACGUGCCGCAGAAACCUUAGGGUGUCCCGUUCCGGACGGUUUAAGGAGAGGAAGAAGGUUCGCUCCAGCCUUCCCACAGAUGACCAGGACCAGGUUGGGACGCCAAGGACAGAGGAUACGAGAUAAUGAAGAGUAACAGCAAAUUAGUGACUCAAGACUUCUUGUUAGGACAUUAGAUUAAGAUGAGGACAAUACGGGUGAGGUUGAGGAAUUGUUGAAGAUAGUGAUGAUGACGAUGAUGAUGAAGACACUGAUUCUGGCACUGAUUAAACUCUAACAUAUUCUUGGGAAAGAGGAAGUUGUACAAAGACACCUGGUUGAAAGAUACAUUGAAGAUUUAAGAAUUUAAGUUUUUACCCUUGAAACCCUCUAAAUGCCCAGUAAGAGCUGUCUGCUCAUAAACCUACUGCAAGAUAAACUACUGCAAGAUAAUCCUACUGCAAGAUAAACCUACUGCAAGAUAAACUAUUGCAAGAUAAACCUACUGCAAGGCCUUCCUGCUACUUGAUCAACACUGGAUUGAUUUGUAUGGGGAAAUUAAUCAUGUUUAAUAUAAUUUUGAAACUCAGAAGGAAGAAGCUGUGGUUCCAACGAACAAACUGAACAUAGCGGCAAUUAGACCAUACUUCUGUUAAUGUCUUGUCUGUUGACAUGAUGUCUGUUGACAUGAUGACAGACUACUGACUGCAGGAUGGCAAGUGUAGUGACAGGUAGGUGGACACCUUGAGGAAAAUACUGAUUUACUUAUGAAAUCCUGAAAAGAUCAGUGAUGAUGCUUCCUCAAAGAAGGAAGGAUGGAUGAAGGAAUUAAGGCAGGAAGGGAUUCUGAUGACUGAAACACCUGCCCUGAGCAUUCACUGCAAUAAAGACGUUUCUUUAUUUACCACUGUGUUUUAAAAACAUACAGACUUAGCAGCUAUUUCAUAUCAAAACAAUAUACAGCUAUGCACAUUCCAGGAAAUGUUAUAUUAUUUAUGAGAUGUUAACAUAAUAUGUGUAAUAUUUUAAAUAUGAAGGAUAUAAUAUUGUUUUCUCAAAUCAAUCCUUUAUGCUAUGAUUUUGGUGUGUUAGAAGGGAACUAUUUUUGAUGGAAUUGAAUGUUUGUGCUUAGCGUUGUUUACAUGUUAUAUAGUCACACACUGUCUAGGAAAUAGAUGACCUUGUGGACCUGAUGUUAGGAAAGUAAACGCUGAUGCCAUGAUAACAUUUUACUGAGUUUAAAUGCAGUUAGAACAAUGUUCCCUACGUAGUGCACUACUUUAGACCAUUGGAAUGAAACCAUGUUCCCUACGUAGUGCACUACUUUAGACCAUUGGAAUGAAACCAUGUUCCCUACAUAGUGCACUACUUUAGACCAUUUGAAAUGA